GACACUGGUAUCUAGCAGUUUUAUAUCUUUGUGGGUCAGUUAGCCUCUCUGAAGAUUUUUCCAUCUGACAAAUCUAAAACACUGUUAUCUAGCAAAGUGCUAAUGCCAGUCGUUUUAAUUUUUGAAACUGGAGUGAGCCAUCAUGAUUCAUCACAAGUAGCACAUAAGGACUCUAGAGACAAGAGGGAAGCCCCAGCUGUUACAAACUCUGAACAAAUCUCCUUGAUCUAGGAAAAUAUUCUCGAAGGGAUGGAAACCAAGACUAUAGAGCCUUUCUUCUACAACUGGGGUAUUUUAUUUACAUUCCACAUACUUCCUAAGAGUAUUCUGAGGCAGUGGAGCUUGGGAAGAGAACCCAGGAUUUCUUCAUCUCAGUUCUUCAAGUCACAGUUGUCUCAUUUCCAGUCCAUGAGAAUGAAAUCCUACCAUUGGAGGGCUCAUUCCCAUCUGGCCUAACAACUUUCCAGCGCCUGGAGCUCAGAAGAUGGGGGAUUAAGACUGAUGCCCUCUUCUAUCUCCUCCCCUCUUCCCUGACUUCAAAGUCCCAUAAAGCUAGGCACUGCUUUCUUGACCUCAUAGUAGAAGCUCUAACAUCAACUUCUGGCUGAUUAAAAACAGUAGAUGCUGCGCCCUGGCCUGGCUGCCCAAGCUCCACUUUCUAGCCAUCUCUCUACAAGGGUAAGCAAUAGCAUACCCAGGACUAGGCUACCAGUCCUUGUUCUACCUGGACAGGAGGGGAGAUCAGCGAAGUUGACUCAAGCAGGGAAUUUUUGGUUAGUGGUGGGACUGAGAAUCAGGCAUUCCAUUGGCGGAACCCCAGCUCUUAAGACUCAAGGUUGGUUUGUGAUUGGAGCAGAUAUUUACAAGCGAUGGCAGGUAGAGCAAUAGGGGUUCUCAGUCCAGGGAUAAAGGGAGUGGGAACAGCUCAGAGAGCAGAAUUUGUUCAUUUAGUAUUAAUGUGCAGCGUAUGCUAAAUUCUAUCUGAAUUUAAUGUCCCAACACAUCAUUUUGCCUCUGAUGGUUUGGUAUUCAGUGCUGUUAACUGGCUGGUUCUGGCUCCCCAGGGCCAGAUUUUGCUUUGUAGAUCCCUCAGGAGCAACUGUCACAGAACCAAGACUAGAGGGGGCCGCUAAGAUUCAAGGAUGGUUGCUUUCCAGUCUCUGGAUUUUUCCAGCUGUUUUUCUUGGCAGAAGGAUCACACCCAUAGGGAUGCAGAUAGAGGAUGGGGAAACAGAAAUCAGUAAAAUAAAAAUGAACUGGGAAAGAGGCGGAUGUUAAGAAAGACAUGGAGAAAGUGGCUGCGAGUGGCCUACAUCCCUGAGACAGGAUACCUGAAGAAGCAACUUUGCAAGUGGAGGCUGGGCUAGGCAUAGCAGGUAAUACCCUCCUGUCCACUCCCGAUGGAAGAGAACUGGGAAUUCUUACUCUGAGCUGUCUCCUUUUAGGACUCGGCUGAAGCCUGGGAGCUCCAGGGGCUAACGUCCUGGUCUAGGAUCAUGUCCAACAAAAGUUGGUGGGUGCCACCUGAUGGUGAGGACACGGUGUCUGAGAAGUUCCUCAGGAAGACCAGGGAGUCUCCACUGGUACCCAUAGGCUUAGGAGGUUGCCUGGUGGUGGCAGCAUAUGGGAUUUACCGGGUGAAGGCUCGAGGUUCCACCAAGAUGUCCAUACACCUGAUUCACACCCGAGUGGCAGCACAAGCCUGUGCUGUGGGUGCAAUCAUGCUGGGUGCUGUAUACACAAUGUACAGAGAUUACAGCAAGAGGACAACACGGGACGCUGGAGAGAAGUAGGACUCCGGAGUGGGCAGAGCAGCCACACUGUGCAUCAGUCUCUGAUGUGCCUAAUAAAGUAGUACUGUGGAAAGCCGAUUGUUUCCUUCACCUGCAGAGAGCAAAGGAAGGGGAUGGUGGUGUCUGUGGGAGAACCCAGCACAAAGGCUGAAAAGCUAAGGGCUCUGACCCCAAUUCGGCCAGGGAGACAUACAGAGUCACCAUCUCCUUGAGGAGGUGAGUAGGUCUUGGAUCCCAGAAUCCCAACAACCCCCAUGCUACUUCAGGUCCACAUAUGGAAGCAGCCUGGAGUGGGUGGGGGCAGGGCCUUGAGGCUCAUGGGAACACAGACCAGAGGCAGGCGGGCAGGCAUUCCUUCCACCAGACUGCGUCCCUGGAGACCUAGG